UUGAAGAAUUGGAGCAAAUUAUUUCGCCGCUCUCUGCUGUUCCUUUCGUCUCUCUCACUCUAAAAUACUUUGGCGCUUAAAAUAAUUGAUAUAGUAAUCGUAGUAGGAGUAGACAUCAGCGGAGGAAAAUCCAGGGCUUUUUGUUCAUUUCUGCAGCUAAAUAUGUAGGCUCUUCUGUGUCAUUUUGUUAUAUCCUCUCAUAGUAUUAUUUUUCUCCACGAACAUAUACAUACGGCAUGCUAUCAGCUUGAGCUACAACCUUGUAUUUCCAAAAUUCAGUGCAGGUAACUUAAAUGUGAUUCUUGCAACUGUAACUGGAGUCAUCUUUAGUGGUGGAAGUUAGGUGUUGUUGCAUUGGAAGCGCAGAAAAUGGAAAAUUACGAGAUACUGGAGCAGAUUGGUAAAGGUUCCUUUGGCUCGGCUUUACUCGUGAGGCAUAAACUUGAAAAAAAAAGGUAUGUCUUAAAAAAGAUACGUCUUGCUCGCCAAACCGACAGAACGCGCAGGUCUGCCCACCAGGAGAUGGAGCUUCUUUCUAGAGCACGAAACCCAUUUAUCGUCGAGUACAAAGAUUCCUGGGUAGAAAAGGGUUGUUACGUGUGCAUUGUUAUAGGAUAUUGUGAAGGAGGAGACAUGGCGGAGGCUAUUAAGAAGGCAAAUGGUGUUCAUUUUCCCGAGGAGAAGCUUUGCAGAUGGCUCGUUCAAUUGCUGAUGGCACUUGAUUACUUGCAUGGUAAUUAUAUUCUUCACCGCGAUGUCAAGUGCUCAAAUAUUUUUUUGACCAAAGAUCAAGACAUUCGUCUAGGUGAUUUUGGUCUUGCUAAAGUAUUGACUUCUGAUGAUCUUGCUUCCUCAGUCGUUGGCACUCCGAGCUACAUGUGCCCAGAGCUUCUUGCAGAUAUACCAUAUGGAUCCAAGUCUGAUAUCUGGUCUUUGGGAUGCUGCAUGUAUGAAAUGACUGCGUACAAGCCUGCAUUUAAAGCUUUUGACAUGCAAGGCUUGAUUAAUAAAAUAAACAAAUCUAUAGUCGCACCGCUUCCUACUAUGUAUUCUGGUGCAUUUCGCGGCGUAAUUAAGAGCAUGCUGAGAAAAAACCCAGAACUCAGACCUAGUGCUGCAGAUUUGCUCAGACACCCACAUCUUCAGCCAUAUGUCCUAAAGAUCCAUCUGAAAUCUAAUUGUCCUAGACGACACACCAUUCCAGUUGAAUGGCUCAGUUCCAACCUUUUGAAAAAGACCAGAUUUUUGGAGCCUGAACCUGUUCCUCCAUUUUCUGAUAAGGAAAGAAGGCAAUCUUUUGGCAAUAACAGAGCCCUGAAUCCUAGUAUUUCUGGAACUGAGAUGGACUCUCCUCGUUCCUCUGAAAAAGUCAAAUAUUUUACGAGCCAUAUGGAGAAGAAAUUCUCAUGCUUGUCUAUUGGUAGUACCAGUGAUGAUUUAGGGGUUAAGAAGGCCUUGCCUGUGGCCUCAAAGGUUUCAACUGCUGUCAAAACACCCAAAUUGACUUCAGCAAAAGUCUCUUCCACUCCUAGGAUACAUACAGUUCCAUCCAAGAUAUCCAAUCCUGGUUCAACUCGUGAGUUGCUUCCUGUAUCACAUGCCCCAACAAAUAAACCAUCUAGAUCAGCACGUAGAGUGUCUCUUCCAAUUUCAACGAGAGCUGUAAAGUUGGAGGCACCUUAUAUACCCAACACUCGCCUCCAAAACAGUCUGGACUCACUAGAUGUUUCAGUUAAUGCUCCACGUAUUGACAGAAUGGUAGAAUUUCCCUUGACUUCCUCUGAGGAUAAUCUAUUCCCCAUCCGCAGAUGUUCAUCUACAUCUGCUCAGUGUUCUCCUGCCUCACCAUAUAGUCGCGACCUUUCAAUCACAAAAGACAAAUGCACAAUCCAAAUACUUGGCCCAACACUUUCAGCGGCACCACGAAUUGCUGAGCCUACUCUUGGAGUUCAACAAAAUGGAAGUGAAUGUUCGGAGCAUAAUGAAGCAACUGUUGCUUCAAGCCGAUCGUCUUCAGAUUCUCGGCAGCGUAGGUUUGACACAUCAUCAUUCCAGCAAAGAGCUGAAGCACUGGAAGGAUUGCUCGAGUUUAGUGCACAAUUAAUGCAGCAAGAACGCUUCGAAGAACUUGCAGUGUUACUGAAGCCAUUUGGACCAGAGAAGGUUUCUCCUAGAGAAACUGCUAUUUGGUUGACAAAGAGCUUCAAGGGGAACGUUGCCUGAUAGCAGGCAACUCUAGUCUCUGGCUGAUGGGGUAUUAGAGUUUAGAUGCACGUUUCCUCAAUCCUCAAUGAACAGCCAGCUUGUUCGUGACAAGUAGUUGGAGAAAUUUUACUCUUAUGCUGUUUUCUGCGACUCUCCUCCUUGAUUGACUUGUUACAUGUAACAUUCUGAUGGUAAAGUCGUCUUGAUUGUCAGAAUGGUGCUAGUUUGGUGGUCUAGGUUUCCACCCGUUCUUCUUGAAGAAUGCAAGGGGGAAUCUAGGUUUCCACAUGUUUCGAUCGCAUUCUCAGUUACUGAUGCAAAUGUAAGCCCGUUUUGUGUGUUUAUUAUAAAGCCAAUAUCGAGUUUCUCUAUAUUCACAGCUA